AUGGCCGGCAGCAUCGAGCAGCGCCCCUGGACGCCCACAGUGCGCACGGGCCGCAUUGCGGGGAGACGACCAAUCCGGGUCCGGCAAUUGUCCAGCUGCCCACGCAGCAAGGUGCCGGACUCGAAAGAGGGGCGCACCUCGUAUUCGUUUGGCCACAAACUGAUCAACAGGGAUGAGACGACGGGUCCUGGCCCGGCACAGUACAAUGUGGCCGGGAUGCGACCGAAGGGCAAGGAUCAUGCACGCGCCGCCACACUGCAAAGUCGUCCCAAGGAGUUGACCAGCUUUGUCAAUCCCGGACCCGUGAAUACGACGUGUUGCCGGCCUCCAAGGCUGUCAUCGAUGCCACGCCCAAAUACACUUUCGGCAGGAAGCCGGCAGCGCCAAGUACCAGCUGAUACCGG